AUGGAGGCAUCUGACAAAUCAAGGCAGAGAAGAGAAACCCCAUCCUUGUUGAGCUCCUACCGGUGGCAGACGGUCCCCCAGAAUGGGGAGAAGGAGCCACAGUUUGCUCCAAGUCCCGCAUCGGGGCACAGAGGCAAACAGCAGAGAUGGAGGCGAGCGCAAAGCCAGACGGAGAGCGAGCUUUCUGAGCCUGGCACUGAGCAGAAAGCCCCUGCUGCAGACCCCUGGGACAGCCGGGCUGCAGCUGCCAAGAGGUCUGUCUUCCAGAGGGCUUUCUCUACCCCUGCCAAGAUGCCCAAGGCCCACGAGGGGGGCAGUAAGCUGAGCCUACGGAAGUAUUUGCGCUCCAUGUCCCACUGGAAGAACCAGGAAGCUCCACCCCGACCAGACAGGGAAAUGAAGGAAGCAAGCAAAGGGGUGGAUUCUGCCGUGCCGCUGACUCCGUCCGCUCUGGUGACCGCUCCUGAUGCUCCCCUCUGGGAUGUGGCCGGUGUGUCUCUGCUGGAUCGACAGUUGGUGCUCCUGAGCAGAGAUGAGGAGAGUCUGCUCCAGAGCCGGAAACGAACCAGCAGUUCUAUUUCAGAGACAAGUUCUGUGUACCCAGUUCUGUGUGGCCAGAUGAAUUAUGAAAUGUCCACUGAUGGAAGCGGCUUCCUUGACUUGCAGGCGCCUGACAGAAGACCUCCUCAGGAGGCGUCCUCUGGGCCACAGCUCAGCAGCGUGAAGGGCCUGCUGUGGAGGCGUCUCAGAGACCGGAAAGAGCGGAUUCAAGGCAAGACGGGCUCCUCAGCAGGACUUGCUGCCAAUGGUCACAGGGAGGUCCUGCCUCGCCCGGAGCUCCUGCUGGACUUCAGCAGUGAGAAGGAUGUCUUGAUCCGCCCGCUUCACAGCAGCCUUCUAGGGAAGCAGUACUGCUUUGAGGUGCUGAGUGCCGGGGGACGGCGCCGCUUCGCAUGUGCCUCUGCCGUCGAGAGGACCCGCUGGGUGGAGGACUUGCGCAGAGCGGUCCAGCCCAGUAAGGACAACUGUGAGCGGGUGGAACACAUGCUGAGCCUUUGGGUGUACGAGGCCCGGGACUUGGCUGCCAGGAAGCACUACUUCUGUGAGCUGCACCUGGACAGGGCCCUGUAUGCUCGCACCACCACCAAGCAAACCAGCCCCACCGGAGCUGUCUUCUGGGGCGAGCACUUUGACCUGAGGUCUCUGCCGCCGGCUCUGGAGCUGCAAGUCUGCCUGGUGCAGGAGGAGGAUGGGCAGAGGCACAAGGGCAGCACCAUCGCCAGCGUGGCCCUUCCCCUCAGUGACCUAGCUGCCGUGCGCCAGCCGCUGGAGAAAUGGUACCCCAUGGGCAGGGGCAAGCCCAGCCCGCCCGCACUCCGCCUUCGAGGACGCUACUGCAGCAUCCACGUUCUGCCCAUAGUGCAAUACAAGGAGUUUGCCGAGUAUCUCACCUUCCACUAUCGGGAGCUGUGUGCUGUGCUGGAGCACUCCCUCAGUGCCAGGGACAAGGAGGAGCUGGCGGGGGCCCUGGUGCGCAUUCUGCAGAGCACCGGCAAAGCCAAGGCCUUUCUCAUUGAUUUGGGCAUCGCAGAACUAGAUCGUUUUGAUGAACGGGAAGCGCUGAUCUUCCGCGAGAACACGCUCGCCACCAAGGCCAUCGACGAAUACAUGAAGGUGUUGGGAGGGCCGUACCUGCUGGCCACACUGAGUGAUGUUGUGGCCCACUUGUACUCUUUGAAGAAUAGCUGUGAGGUGGACCCCAGCAGGUGCGCCCUCAGUGAGCUGCCAGACAACUGCAGCAACCUGCAGCGCAUCUGUGAAGAGGUCUUCCAGAGGAUUGACCGGUCCAGCCAUUCUUUUCCAGCAGAGCUUAAUGAGGUGUUCACAGCCUGGCAGGAGGAAUGCGAGGUGCGGGGCAAGCCUGGCAUUGGCCAGCGGCUCAUCGCGGCCUCCCUCUUCCUACGCUUCCUGUGCCCCGCCAUCAUGUCGCCCAGCCUCUUCGGCCUCACUCAGGAAUACCCAGACGAUGCUGCUUCCCGCACCCUCAUUCUGGUGGCCAAAGUUAUGCAGAACCUGGCAAACUUCACCAUGUUUGGGGAGAAGGAGGCCUACAUGAGCUUCAUGAAUGAAUUCCUGGAGCGCAACUCGGAUGCCAUGAUGGCAUUCUUCAAUCGGGUCUCAAGUCCUGGCAACACCAUCCCCUUUACAGACUACGGGGACUCCAUUGACCUCGCCCUGGAGUUGUCCAUCCUUCAUUCCCUCCUCUGCAACAUUUUCUCCAGCCUAGAUGAGCGGACCCAGGAGAGACUGGAGCCCCUGCCCACCAUUCUGCACGCCAUUGAGAAGGGAACGCCGGUGCCCGUGUGUGUUCGGCUUGGCCCCAGCACGGACCAAAGAGGGACAGAAAACCAGAAGCCGGGAUUUGUUCCGCCUCGGGAACUGGGCAAACCCAACCCUCUGAUCAAGAGCCACUCCAUGAGCAACAUCCAGAAGGUCCAAGGCAAGGAGGAGCUGCUGGCCCCUUUGCCCCGAGCCAAGGCGAGCAAAGUGCAGCGCACCCAGAGCGUCCCCACCCAGAGCAAGGCUGCCCGGCACGCCCGCAAGCAAGGCAGCGUGGAGCACAGGGCCAAGGGCCGGGAUGGUGGCCCCUGGCCUGGCACUUCCCACCCCUGUGGCGGCAGCAGCCAGGCCUCCCGGGAGCAUUCAAGGGGACCCCUGACUGGAUCCCUGCCCCGGAAGCCCACGGUUCCCUGGCUGCGACACUCAGAAGAGGAGGCGGCGGCAACACAAGGCGGCUUUUUUGUGGCGCAGCCCCUGGAACAGUACAGGAGGCAGGUGGAAGAGAUACAGAGGGAGCUGACCUCAGCCAAGGAGAAGCAGCGGCUUUGUGAGGAGCACAUGGGGAGGCUGACUGCCCAGAACCUAAGGCUCGUGGAAGAGCAGGCCAGGAUCCAGGAGCAAGGAGAGACACUCUGCAAGAGGCUGGAAGACACGGAGAGCUUCUUUGCACAGCUCAAUAGCAGGCUGUCAGCUGUGGAGGGCGGCUGGAAGAAGGACCAGGAGAAGCUGCGAGGCACGGAAGAGAGGGCCAAAGACCUGGAGCACCGCUUGUCCCGAAUGGAGAAGGACCAUGACCAGCUUCUCCAUGCUGUCAGCCAGAUGUUGGGAUAUCAAGGAAAGCAACCAAAUUCACUGCAGCGACCUCUCUCAGGGCCAGUGUGGGUGAACAGGACUGCAAAUGGGAAUGAGACCUAA